GUCGGAGGAAGAGACAACCAUGAAUGACCCGCUGGAAUGGUACUACGAGAUCCCCGUUGUGUCACGGCUGUACCUCACAGGCUCCUUCCUCACGACCACGGCAUGUGCACUGGACUUGGUGUCGCCAUUUUCACUCUAUUUCAACUUUAACCUCAUCUUUUUCAAGGGACAAGUAUGGAGACUUUUGACCAAUUUCAUGUUCUUCGGACUCUUCAGUCUCGACUUUCUAUUCCACAUGUACUUCGUCGUUCGCUAUUGCAGAUUACUAGAGGAAGGAUCCUUCCGAGGUCGAACAGCGGAUUUUGUGUACAUGCUACUGCUGGGAGCAGUCUUUAUGAUCUUAGUGGCACCAUUCGUGAACAUCCACUUUCUAGGAUCGUCGCUAACGUUCAUGAUGGUGUACCUCUGGGGUCGCCGCAAUGAACACGUGCGGAUGAGCUUCUUGGGUCUGUUCCCGUUCACAGCACCGUAUCUGCCAUGGGUGCUGUUCUCCUUUUCUAUUCUGCUGGGAAACAGCGCGACGACCGAUUUGAUUGGCAUCAUUGUUGGACAUAUCUAUUAUUUCCUGGAAGACGUUUACCCUACGAUUGCUAGCAUUCGAGGCUGGAAGACCCAGCGACCGCUUGCAACUCCUCGUAUCAUCCGCUACCUGUUUGAUCCGCGCCCUGUAGCUGUUGAUGGCGAGCAGGUCAUCAAUGAUUUCGGCGGUGUAGAUGACAACGAUCACCCGCACGCAGAGUGAGCAGGACUAUUGACCUCGAAACAAGAAUCAAUUUGAAGAUA